UCACACAUGUUAGCAAGUUAGCAUGUUAGCACUGCUGUAUUAACAGCUGGACAGCUCCCUGGAUCCACUUUAGUAAGUUAAACGCGCUGUCCACUUAGAUUUAAGAUAAACAGUGAUCCCCAAAGUUCUGCAUUGUUUUUUUCACAAGUUGGGGGGCUCUCCCCCUUUGUUUCCCAUCAGCACCUGCACGAAUAAGUGUUGAUUAAAGAAUCAUGAAGGUAAACAAACCCACACAGGUAAAGGGCCACGCUAAAUCUCAGAAGUGGAAGGAUGUGAGGGGCAGACGGAGCAGGCCUCCCAUCAAUUCCACUGAUCUCAACUCUAGUCCUGUCAUGGCCAGGAUGGUUAAGGAGCACCAGGUGUCUGUGAAGAAAAAGCCCACCGUCAAGAGACUGAAGAAUAAGGUGAAGUCUGUGUCUGACUCCAAGAAAAGCACUCCUCAGUCUGGACCGAAGAAACCUCACAAACAGGCAAAUGGAAGUUCAAUGUUUACAAUGGACAAUGAGUCAGAUGACUCAGAGGAGUGGAAGGAGUAUUCCCGAUCCAUUCAGGGGAACGGUGUGGAGACCCCAGGUGGCAUGGAGGAUAUCCAGCCAGGUAGACUGGAGGGAGAGGCUCUCCAUUACUGUGCGGAGAGGAAUGACCGGCAAAAUCAUGCAGUACUUGUCAUGCAGAAGGAUCAGACCCUGUGUUUCCGAGGAAAGUGUUUUUUGACCUGCCUGUAUGGCCGGGUAGAAGUGAUGGGGUUCACCAUUGAAGAGGGCCAGCAGUCAUAUCCGCUCUUCUCUCCGGCUUCACAUUGUCCACUUACCAUCAGAGCCUUGGAAAGCCCCGAUGAAACCAGAGAUGACAGAACGGAGGCUUCAGCCAUCCUCCACAAGUAUCUCCCAUCAGCAUCACGGAAGAAGCUGCUAAAAAGAGUAACAUCACACUCAUCCGUCAUCCUACUGGAGCCGAUGGAGACGCCUCUGACUCGGUUUCUGUCGAGCUUCACAGAGCUCAGUGAACUGUUCAACCCCCCGAUGAGUGAACUCAUGUCAGCUGUUCUCGACACUCCGCUCAACGGUUUGGGGAUGAUUCCUCUAGUCAAGACCAUCGAGGGCCUGAAAAUGUCUAACAGCUACAGAGAAGCUCUUAACACGGUGGUCAGCGCCUGCAGAGGCGACAUGGAUGGUUGUGCAGUUAUUCUGGUCUGUGGGACUAAGAAUGUGGGAAAGUCAACAUAUAUCCGCAUCCUUAUCAAUACCUUACUAAAUCACACUACCAGUGUAGAUUAUUUGGAAGGUGACCUUGGUCAGACAGAAUUCACCCCAGCUGGUUGCCUCUCUUUGUCAACCGUCAGAGAGCCGCUCCUGGGUCCUCCUUUCACACAUCAGUACACACCAGAACACAUGAUCUACUACGGUCAGACAUCAUGCGAGUCGGACUUAGACCGCUACCUGGAAUGCCUUAAGUCCUUGUGGCGUAGACGCUCCCAGAGCAGAGAGACUCCUGUCAUUAUCAACACCAUGGGCUGGGUCAAAGGAUUUGGAUUCCAGCUGCUAGUAGACAUGAUCCGCUUCUUCCCAGUCUCACAUGUGGUCCAGCUCGGUCAUAGCGGGACCACCCAUUGUCCCGCCCUCACUCCAGAGUUCCUCAGGACAGCGCACGGCUUCCAGACUCAUCCACCAGCUCAGACGGCUCUGGAUGAGUUCACGGAGAGCCACAGUCCCCCCAGAAGCUACAUUCACCUUAUUGCAGAAUCAGAUUUUCAAGGAGUGGGACGCCAAGGAACAGCGAAACACCAGCGCACUAACGAGCACAGAGAGCUGUCACUGCUGGCCUACCUGAGUCAGCUGCAGUCCCCUGACCCUGGACCCGUCAGACCUUUAAACUCCCUCACCCCGUACCAGGUGCCUCAUGCAGCAGUGGCUUUAGGUGUGAUCCAUUGCGAGGUGGUGCCCAGUCACAUGUUUUAUGCUGCCAAUUCCAGUCUGGUGGGACUCUGCUGUCUGGGAGAGAAAGUAACGAGCAGGGGGGGCCCAGUCCUGCUGUCCCAGGCACCCAUCUGUCCAUGUGUGGGCUUUGGUGUGCUCCGAGGUAUCGACAUGGUGCGAGGUCUGUACUUAGUGCUGACGCCUGUAGAUCCCUCCAUCCUUCGUAAGGUCAACUGUUUCCUCUUGGGAGCCGUAUCGCUGCCUUCCUGCAUCCUCACAACACAGACUGGCUUCGAGGGAGAGAUGCCUUAUGUCACUACCAACUACAGUUUUGAUCUCACCGGUGCAGGAAAGCUGCGAGUCUUCAAGGGACUGAUGAGACCCAGUCAAAUGGGGACUCAGUGACUUUUUCUACACGCCAUCGGUUUAUUACUCUUUACCCUUCUUGACUGCUCUUCUUCUGCCAAACCGAUCCGGAUUGGCCUUUGAAUGUACAGAACUGAUGUUGAAUUGGACUUUUUUUUUUUUUUUUUUAACUUCAAGAUUCAGUCUGACAGAGCAGCCGGUAUUACAAACUCUGCAGGAGGAGAUGGCAGCCAGCUCCUUCCUGUUGCUUUUUUGAAAUCCCUGGAAUCACGUCUUACAACCUGCUAUAAGUACUUUAGAUGCUAAAGUUCUGUGUUUUCUGUCACAAGGACAAUAAUAAUCCUAACUUGUAGUUAAAGCUCUUGUUUGUAGGUGACAUUCCAAAGCUGGAACUGAAUACACAAACCUGUCAGAUAUUAAAUAAGAAACAACUUUUGUUCAGACUUUGUGCUUUUUUUUUUCUUUCUUGCAUUUAUUUUCCAGAUGUGCUUUUUGGACCAGUGUCACUGGUGGUUGUUAAAAUUGAUAUUUGUUUCACAGUCAUACGUCCGUGUAGAUUUGAAGCAGGUAAUGGUCAUUUUACAAGUCGGUUCCUGAUUCAGAUAAGUAGUUCGUUCAUUUCUCACAGCUGUAUUAUUGGAUAAAAUGUCCGAUGCCGGGGCUUUCCAUCCAACAUUCAAGUAAAGAACAAUUAAGAAGGGAUCUUUGACAGUAAAUCUUUUUGUAGAUCUGAUGGUUUAUAAAUGAAAGAAAUCCCAUUUUGUCAGUGUUGUUGUGCUUUUAUGCCAGUCGAAAGUUCUACUGAAAAGGCUCUAUUUUUUAUUGCUGACUAAACCCGCUUUAACUGUUGUACAUUUUGUUAUCGUGUUAAAAAUGACACCAAAUUGUUAGUGCACUUAUACGUCACUCAAGAGGUUUUGUAAAUGCGACAUGUUUACGGUUUCUUAUGUAGGCCCCAUGUGGGAUAUAAAAGAUAAAAAAAAAUAAAGAUCAUUUUGUUUCUUGA